AUGUCCCACCAAGAGGGCAGCACAGAUGGCUUACCAGACUUAGGGACUGAAAGCCUGUUAAGCAGCCCAGAGGAGCAGUCUGGAGCAGCAGUGGCGACGGUGGCCUCCUCUGGCACUGAAAUGGCGGCCGCAGAACCAUCGACCGGAGAUGGCGGUGAUACCAGGGAUGGUGGUUUCCCAAACGAUGCCAGCACAGAAAAUCAAGACACAGACCCAGAAAGUUCAAGUGAAGACGUCGAACUUGAAAGUGUGGAGGAUUUUCAGCAUUUCUUCGUGAGUGGUGAAGGUUUAUUUUAUUACCCCUUAGUGGGAGAGGAGGCGACAGAAAGGGAGGAGGAAGAAGAAGAGAUGGAGGAGGAGGAAGGGGAGGAGGAAGAAGAACAGCCUCGGGUGUGUCCACGAUGCGGUGGCGCCAACCAUGAGCAGUGUUUGUUAGAGGAGGAUCGGGCGCUGGAGGAGUGGAUUUCCUCAGAGACGUCUGCCCUGCCCCGACCUCGCUGGCAAGUCCUUACUGCUCUUCGCCAGCGGCAGCUGGGUUCAAGUGCCCGCUUUGUAUAUGAGGCCUGUGGGGCAAGAGCCUUUGUGCAGCGUUUCUGCCUGCAGGGUCUUCUUGGAGGCCAUGAUGGUUCUGUCAGUACUGUACACUUUAACCAGCGUGGCACCCGGCUGGCCAGUAGCGGUGAUGACUUAAGGGUGAUAGUGUGGGACUGGGUGCGGCAGAAGCCAGUACUGAUCUUUGAGAGUGGUCACGAUAUUAAUGUCAUCCAGGCUAAGUUCUUUCCUAACUGUGGUGAUUCCAUCAUGGCCAUGUGUGGCCAUGAUGGACAGGUACGGGUAGCAGAACUAAUUAAUGCAUCGUAUUGCGAGAAUACUAGGCGUGUGGCCAGGCACAGGGGACCUGCCCACGAGUUGGCUCUGGAGCCAGACUCUCCUUAUAAGUUCCUCACUUCAGGUGAAGAUGCCGUUGUGUUCACCAUAGACCUCAGACAAGACCGGCCAGCUUCAAAAGUUGUGGUAACAAGAGAAAAGGAUAAGAAAGUGGGACUGUAUACAAUUUCUAUGAAUCCUGCCAAUAUUUACCAAUUUGCAGUGGGU